CGCCCGUGUAGCAGAUGAAUCCGUCCGAGUUUUGGAAGAAACUUCUCUUCAUUGCACUUGUGGCACACCGCAGCCCUUUAACACUCAACUUAGCAUUCACACUCAUCACGAUGAUAGCUAUUGAGCAUCCUCCGCCGGAGGCUGAAAUCUUUGCUGGUCUUAAUAACAUCAUCGCACGAAGCACAUCACCCCAAGUAAGGAAAAUUGACCUGGAACCCCCCAUAUUCGUUGACCGAAUUCAACUGACGCAGCCAUAGAAAAGCUACGAAAGCUUGAAAAAGCAAGAGAGUUCCGGACCCAAGGCGCAGCCUACGCCUGCAAAGCCGAAAUAUCAGCUGUGGCCAACUCUCAAGAAAACUGUCUCUAGUUCUGGGCGUAGCACCCCGGACUCAGGAAAGAUGAUGAGAAAUCCCUUUAAGGACGGAGGCCUCAGCCGUUCUCAUAAAAUAAGUGUUCCUGAUCUUAAGCAACUGGCGACGAUAGAUGAAAGAUCGCUUGACUCCCGUAUGUGAAGCUAAAGUGUUUUGGGGAAUGUGUCUAACUUCGCAUAAGCAACAAUUCCAGGUCAAUAUCCGAUCCAUGAAAGAUCGAAUAGUGCGCCAGGGGCCUGUGCAGGAGCCGGUAUCGUUCGAACACACAUGAUUGGGUGUGUGGGCGAAGCUUGCAACAGGAAUGUAGAACAGUCCGGCGAGAGUUCAUCCCCAUCACGGAGGAUUGAUAAGAACAGAACAUGUCCUGUUCAGUCACAGAGUGAGAGACACCAGCCAUUGAAUUCAAGUAAUCUCAGGAGGGCAGCUUUUGAUGACCCCCCUGAAGUUCCACCGAAAUCGCCACGGUUGGCACUUCGGAUCCCGAACAUGCCGGUGUCUUCAUCCGGUGGGGAUAGUUCAAGUACUCCUGUAUCAGGAACUACAGGAGGCUCGCAAAGCAGCAGGCCGCUCGAAGAAAGUCCUUGGACGAGCUCUUCAAACCUGCUUGCUCAAACCUGUUCUUCCGCCAACCAAUCAAGCUCUGAAAAUGCAUCCACUCGUGCGGCAUCUCCGUUAGGCAUAUCAGCAUCUCCAUGCCACAAGAAAAAUAGGACGGACGGACCGAAUCGACCCACCGCAUUUGAGUUUGGAUCAGAGAAACCGGCGGCGGGCGUCAGUAACCACAAGAGAGGGUUAUCGCACGACUCGGUCCUGAAAUGGGGGGGUCAACCCCCGAGGAAGCAUGCAGCAUUUGAGGCUCGGCUAGAUGAUAGAGAGGUGACGAAGCAGCUUCCAGGAAUUCCAAUCCCCAAUGUUCCUUUGGGAAUCCCUGUAUACAAGGCGUUGAGAGUACUUCCGCGCACCGAAAUUGAGGCUCUACAAAAGCAAGCUCACAAUCAAGCACAAAAGUUCGAGGUACUUAAUCGCUGUGACGUCAAGUCACUUUCGAGGGAGCUUCGAGCACUGCAAAAGCGUUGUGACUAUCUCAGAGAGACGUACAAUUCCCUUCGGGCCGGCCGACAUAGCUUGCAUCAACGGAUGAUCUUAUAUCUCAAAUCACCCAGAGUAUCGAAAUUUUCAAGGGAGGGGAUCUUAAAGCAGGAGGAAGCGCUCUUUGAGCUUGACAGAUCCAUUGACGAGUGGUAUUCCAAAUUGGAAAAUGCGGAGCAGCGGCGGGCUCUGGUACGACAAAAGCUCCUCGAGCAUCUAGCGGCGACCUUGGUUCUACGGGAAUCUCAUCCAGAGCCCGCUGGUACGGAAAAGAAAACUCACGUUGACAAUUCGCACAAUACCCACAACCAACAUAAGACGGCUCGCAAAGAUGUGGAAUCCAUCAAGAUAUAUGCAGACGCCGAGAUACAAGCUCUGUUUGCCAAUAUCGAAAAGGAUAUGGAGAGAAUGGCAAAUUCUGGUAGUCCUCUUCCGCAUCUACCCGCCGUCGCUUAUUCUCCUGAUAUGAAAGCUUCGGCUUAAGAAUGCAGUAAAAACUGAACAAGUCGACUCGAUUCGACGAUGAUGACAUGGCAGUCAUGAUGCCUAUGUUUGAUGAAGUUCCUUCUUAUUCUUCAUAGGAUUGGCGCCGCGGUCUAGGCUGAGCACUGGGAACCCUUUUUUUCCACCGUUCGGGAACGAUGAGUGUUGGUUUUAAAAUUUAUCUUUGUUUUUUGGUUUGUUCCGGAAAUACCCUUUCGCGCAAGAGAUCUGUUUCUGUAUGGCAGUCAGCAGUAGUAGUAAUACGUAUGUAUUUAAUGAAGGAGAUCUUCCGAUUCUG